AUGGCGUCAGCACACAACAAUAAUUACGGACACGGCUACGGCACUACCGAAGUGAAACAUCAUGAAUGGCGCACUGCAGAAAACAGCAGCCAACAUCUUCUACCAAGACUCAAGUCUGUUGUCAAGGAAAACCCAAAACUAAAACUACUAGACGUUGGUGCAGGAUCAGGCACAAUCUCGGCCUCUUUGGCAAAAUACAUGCCCGAGGGAGAAGUCACAGCCACCGACAUCGCCGACGAGAUCCUCGUUCGAGCAAAGGAGUACGCAGAUGCCAAAGGCAUUUCAAACAUCAAAUUUCAGCGCGCAAAUAUUUUCGAGCUGCCAUUCUCGGAUUCAACUUUUGAUGUCACACAUGCUCAUCAGGUUCUGUGCCAUUUGGAAGCACCGGUCGAUGCUAUCAAAGAAAUGAUGAGAGUAACGAAACCCGGAGGUACUGUCUCCCUACGAGAGAGUGAUAUGCACAUGUGGUGCAUAUGGCCUGAACUCCCAGCUCUUCUCAAGUUCCAUCAGCUUCAGAUCAAGAACAUCGAGGGUAAGGGCGGACAAGGUAAGGGAGGCCGGCAACUUCUUUCAUGGGCUUUGAAUGCUGGGGCUUCUCGCCAAGAUAUUUCUUUGAGCUUUGGGACUUGGUGUUACAGUGAGCCUGAGGAUAAGAAGGCGUGGGGGACGGCAAUGAAGGACCGGUCUCUUACUGGGUUUGGACGAGAGAAGGCUAUUGAGAUGAGUAAUGCCACCGGGGAGGAAUUAGAUGAGAUGGCUAAGGCUUGGGAGGAGUGGAUGGAAACAGAUGAUGCUUCUUUGGGUAUCAUGAAUGGAGAAGCAUUAAUCACGAAGAGAUAG